CUGAGCUACUCCGCAGUAGGAGUAAUUAAAGCAGGACUCUCCUCCCGGGAGAGAGGGCGACAGACAGAGAGACACAAAGUCGUAACACUCUCACAGUGAUGAACGUGAGGAGCAAGGUGCGGUUUUGAUCACUGUUUGGGAAACUUCUACACCGUGCUAAAAGACUUGUAAACGAAAAUAAACGGAGGUUUAAGGAGGUUUUUAAAUUAAUGUUUGAUAGCACAGGUAUGACAGGACUUUUUUUUGGAAUGAGCAAUUCAGCAGUGUCCUACCACCUGGUCAUUCAAGCGGUGCUUUGUGACAAAACAUGAAAUUGUGAUGACAGAUGUUGUAGUAUAAAUCCUAAGGCUGAUGAUGGGAUAGUUUGAGAUGUUUCUAACUGAAGUCAGCUGUUAUUCAGACUCAAAAUUGUGCAAGAAUGACUAUUCUAAUGCAGAUUUCUCUCUCACAGUUGUUGUAUCACCAUGCACACUACACUACACUACAGCUGGAACAACAUCUUAAAUCCAGUUUGGGAUUCGUGACAUGACAACAGACAAGCCAAUGUGAGCUCAGCUGCAGUCCAGCUCUGUCGUUUUGACUUGGCAACCGUUUUCUGGUCGUGCCUGCACCGCUCAGAUCUCCAUCCAGUCACGUUCGUGAUCAGAGAGUCCUGUCGGCCUACCAUCACUCAGUUUUCUCCUGUGUUGGUGUAUUCUGAUGGAUCAGUAUGUCUACCACUAAUAAUAUCGCCCAGGCCAGGAAACUGGUGGAACAGCUGAGGAUUGAGGCGGGGAUUGAACGCAUUAAGGUUUCUAAAGCAGCAGCAGAACUGAUGAGUUACUGUGAGCAGCACGCUCGUGGCGACCCUCUGCUGGUCGGGGUUCCCACCUCUGAAAACCCUUUCAAGGACAAGAAGCCCUGCAUCAUCCUAUAGCCGCGUUACGCUCCUCCUGCCACACAAACACACAUUCACAUACAGACACACAUUACAUGCACACAUUCAAAACUUAAAUUGAUCCCUCGACACACACAUGCAAACACACACUUCAAGUUUAGCAUAUGCACACACUCAUGGAAACACACACACAAACACACACACACACACUCCCAAAAUAGCCUCUCUGGAAAAGCGCCAUACCCCGUAGCCACAGCUAGGGUGCAGGUAUCUCGUUCUCUCGGUGGCUGAGAUCAGUAUAUCACUGAGUAUGAUCCAAGGUGCUUUUGGUAAUAUUCACAUGUGCUGGUAAAUUAACUACAAGUGUCAGCUUAACUUUAAAAGGGAAUUGGACAUUAAUAAUCAGUAGGAAACCAGGAUCUUUUUUUCCUUCUCUUGUCAUGAAAUGAGGGGUUGGGUAAAGGGCGGACAGCAGUGCCAUAGGCAAGGAGUGGGAGGAUGCAUGUGGGCAACAGAAAUGGACGGUAGCCGCUUAUGCCGACCGUGCCAAACAUGACCUGGUGUCCCAUUAAAAGCUUUUUUUUGUGGGAGUUAAAAAAAAGGUCUGAGAGCUUUGCCCACGAACCUGCCUGUGCAGGGUAAUUUUGGAGCGAGUGGCUAAAGCCUUUGCCUUUAUCGGGCUAGCAUGUUCCCACCCAAACCUGUUUCAACAGACCUUCUCUGCCUGUGGCCUCUGGCCAAACCUCCAGCUGUGCCAACCUGUGCAGAAAGUCAUCUCUAGAUGCUGAUCUGCUGUCAUCGAUUCCACUUCAGUUCAUUAUGGCUGCUGUUGGUCGAAAUCGAUGUCUAAGCUGACCUCAGAUCUGCACCUAUGAGGGGAACAACUGCUCUACACAGAACUCAAGCUAUUAACCCUGGACGUUUACUGCAUUUUUAUUAACAAAUACCUGUUUGUGAACUCAACGUACGUUUUGAUAUUUUGUUGAAGCAUUACUUAAUAGAUAAGAUAAUACUGUAUUGUUUUGUUUUGCUUUGACAUAGGUGUUGCCCCUGGCUGAUCAGGUUUCUCUUCCUGUCUGACGUUAAAUGCCAGCAUUAAUGAAACAACAGGAGAUCUGGUUGUAAGCCAGGGGUAUUACCUGCUCGAAUCUUAAACUGAAGUUCCUAUCAAGCCUCCCUGUGCUUUACCCUGAAAGAGGGAGAGGUCGCAGACUGACCACACAUGAGAAUCGGUCUGCAAGGACUGCAAGGCUGGAGGAGAAAAACCCAAACUUAAAAAGUAAAAGUGAAGCUGUCCUGAAGAUUAGAAAUUAAUUAUUUCUUACUUUCUCUGCUUAUGUUUGAUUCAUUUGAUUGGCAUUUUUUACAAGGUUAUGGGAAGAGAUAUAUUGCAUUGGAUUGUGUAAAUGUGGAAGUGUUUUAGUUUGCCUCUGUAGUAUAGAGGAAGGGGAUAUGUCUUGUUUUAAUGCAUAAGAAUAAGUAUUGCUUUAAAUCAGAAUAGAAUAACAAUUACCUGGCUUUACCCGUCUUUCAAAUUUCCAGUCUCCCGAGUAGAUGAGCUCAAACUGGUCAGGGACUGGAUCGGUAGGAGCCAGCUGUCCCCUCCUGGUUUUGAGCUGUCCUCUCCUCCACAAUGCUCCUCCUCUCUGACAAACCAAACUUGAUUGUAAAAGCUGAAGUGAAAAAAAAAUGAAGUCAAGAGAAACAAACUAAAUGUAUAAACUUUCUUUCAGACAUGUGCAGAAGUGAUAAGUUGAAGAGUAGCUGUUUUGGGUUUAUUUUUUGAGUUUCUUCUUUCUAUGGAGUCCAUGGAACCUGGUCAGUUGAGUAUUACCCUGUACAGUGUUUGUAAGAGACAAAAUCUAAACACAGAAUCCCUUACUGUGGAUGUUGGAUUUUUUUAGGUACUACUUAUUCUGUUCUGUCAGUCAAAGAUCAUGUCUGUCUUCAUUUUUGUUUUUGUCAUUCAGGUUUAUAGAGGCUCGCGAUAGCGGAGGAUGGUUUUAACCACCAAUACAAUACAAACACUUGAUGGAAACAAAAGCCCUGUAAGGUUUAGGGUCGUUUCCUGUUAGAGGAUUCAUCAACACCGGACCUCAUUCCAGUGGCAAAAACCAGCCUCCUGAUCUAUCCUUUAACACCAGAGCGGUCAAGUUUUUAUCAAGUGUUGGCUUUGGUGGGCGACAGGCAACUAGGACAACACACACAUGCACAUAACACACUCUCUCUUGCUGUUGUUUUUUUAGGUUUGAUUGUCAGGGGUCAAAGGCGUGGCAAGGCUGUGCAUUGAGAGCUGCUUUUAACGGUUAAUUGCUGAAAGCAGGGAGCUUUUUGCCAUCAUAUUUACAUCUGAGCAUUUAUCCAAGGCUUUUGUGAGGCAUAACGUACAGUGGCAAGCAGGGUGGAGUGAUUUAGACAGGACUUACGGCUGCCGAGUGACUGUAAGGGGAGUUGAACCCAUCGCUUUUCUGUUCUCUAAUCACUACGUCAAUAUGAGACACCUGCUGCACUGACUUUUGGGAGUUGGGAUUUAGUAAAGAUUGAUACCAAUGUCAUGUUUGUAUGGUAAAUAUGAAGCUACAGUCAACAGCCGGUUAGGUUACCUAAGCUUAGCAUAAUAAAUGGAAAUAGGGGGAAACAGCUAGCCUGGCCUUGUCCACAGGUAUCAAAACCCAAGUACAUACACCUUUAAAGCACACUAGUUAACCUUUUUUUAGUUUAAUCUGUAUGAAAAUCAAAGUGUAAAAAAGACAAGUUGUGGUUUUUUUGCGCAGGGUGAACUUCAGAGGUGCUGGUGUUACCUUUGGACAAUGCCAGGCUUUAUAUUUACCCACUUCUAGUCUUUAUGCUAAGCUAAGCUAACAGAGUGCUUGAAGUCAAGGCUAAAUUGCUAAUUAGCAUCAAUAUGUUCACUGUAGGCAAUGAUUCUUGGGCCAGCUUCAUUCCUCAUUUGUCUUUGUUACAAACACAGAGCUGGCGGUGCCCAAAGUAAGAAGAGAGCAGAAGCUGGAGAAAGGCCAUAGAGGGAGCUAAGGGUGUGUGUGUGUGUGUGUGUGUGUGUGUGUGUGCGUGUGGGUGUGUGUGUGUGUGCACGUGCGGGUGGGUGCUGGGUGCAAAGUGUUUGGCGGAUGAGAGGGAUGAUUUGGCAGAGCAAUAGGCAGAGAAGAGAAAAUAGAGAUGUAGCAAUUGUUAGUGCGAGAGUCACAGUGUGUAAGAACACACAGUGCCUCUGGCGCUCUGCAGAGUGCCACAUAGUAAUGUUACAGUACUGCAGCCCUGCCAUUCCAGGUCAGGGUAACUCUGACCGGAGGAGAGGUCAUGUGACGCUGUCUGAUUCAGAACAUCGUGCACGGCCUCCACUCACUCUUUUUAUUUGUAAGAUGCUCAUUCUGGAGAAGAGUAAAGAAGGAUUCUGUCACAAGAUAAAAUCGUUCAGUUGAAGUGUGGGAAGCUAUUUUUGAAGUGAUGACCAAUAAUAACCCCAACCCACGAAGCAGACAAAGAAUUUAUUUUUCUGUUUAGCUUGUGCCUGAUUCAGCUACAUUAUAUGAGCUGCAAUAUGUUUUCACCACUCAUGAAAGCCUUAGAGAUCUAAAGCAAUAGUUUGACAUUUUGGGAAAUAUGCUAAUUUGCUCAGCAGAGAGUUGGAUGAGAGGAUUGAUACCACACUUAUAUUUGUCAGUUCAAUAUGUAGCUAAAAGUGGCAGCUAGUUAGCUUAGCUUAAAGACUGGAAGCAGGGGUAAACGGCUAGCUUGGCUCUCUCCAAAGGUAUAACUUACCUGUCACCUCUAAAGCUCACCAAGGAACAGGUGAUAUCUUAGUCUUGCCGUCAGCAUUAGCCAAGCAACAUAGGCUCCAUUUUUCUAGUCCUUAUGCUAAGCUAACCAGCUACUGGCAGUGGCUCCAUAUUUAUCAAACCGAGAAGAAAAGGGUUCAAUCCUCUCAAGACUCUCAGCAAUUUAUCCAUUAUUUGUAUUUCCCAAAAUGUCAAACUAUUCCUUUAAAUUAAAUAAAUCCCUUUAUCUUCAACCUGAUUUAGGUUGACAUGAAUGGUGGUCUUUCAAUAGAAUAAAAAACAAGGAUCCAGCUGAAGAUACAUAAUGCACAAACAGAGAUCUGAGUGCAAACUGCGGGGAAAGGUAGAAGGUAACCCAGAAUUACUGAUCUGGGGUUUGCUUUCUGCAGAAUCCGAACAUCUGAACUAAAAGUUUGCAAGGUGCAGCUAAAGUCAAAGAAGAUAACAACUGCAGAGGAAUCGCACAACAUAGAACAAGCAUGCACGCGUAUCAGCGCACGCACAUACACACACACACUGAUGUUGUCCUGGAGAUGUCUGACAGAUGCUAUUUUUUAUCAUUAUUGUUAUUUCAAUCAUUCCAUAUCUGGUUGGGCUUAAAAUCAGAGACAGCCGGCCUAAAGUUCUGGUUUGGCUGACAGUUUGUGUGAUUGGUUGGUUGUUAGUUUGCCUUAUAGUGCCGUAUAUUGUGUUAAUGCUGGUAUUGGGGUUAUCAGAUCAGCAGAAUGAACAGUGUUGAAGUAGAACACAUGGCUCGAGAUGGAAAUCCACUGGUUUUGUGACACAAAGCGUGCAGUGAAAGUGAAAUUAAUUUGAGGUCAGGUUGGGGGAGAGCUGAGGCUCCUCAUUGGUGGACUUUUAAAUCAAACAUCACUGAAUCGGCUCUGAGCUCUUCCGGAGACUCAUCUUUUGUGUUCUGCUCUCCUGUGUAUGCAUAUAGUAUAUGUAUCUUUUUGCCUUGAUUGAUUAUGAAGAAAAUAUAUCUAUUUUUUGUAACUGUUCUCUGAUGUGCCAUAACUCAUGUUUUCUUGCACACUGUUAAUAUUUUGUCGAUAUUGCUGUUAAAAAGAUGAUAUUGAAAAGUAGAUGACAUUAAUAAAAAGAUGAUAUAAUAA